UCUCUCUGCGUCACCAAUCGCCACCACUCCAGUGCACUGUGCCGCCGGGCACUCCUCUCCUCGCCCCCGCCUCGCCCGCGGCGUGCCACCCCGCCCAUAAAAAUCCCCCGGGAGGCCGGGCCGGCCGUGAAACCCCACUCGCGAAUCCAACACCAGGACGCGUCGCCACUCGCCACCCCUCGCAUCACAUGCGCGCAUAGGACCCGGCCGCAGGUCGCACUCACCACCAUGCCGCCCCCGCUGCUCGCCUGUCUCCUCCUUCUCCUCGUCUCGGCGCGGCCGUGGUCCGUGGCGGCCGAGGCGCCGAGGCCCGCGGCGAGGCCUCGCGUGUUCCCGCUGCGGGCGCGGCAGGUGCCGGCGGGGGCGCUGCCUCGGCGGCCGAGCAAGCUGCGGUUCCACCACAACGUCAGCCUCACCGUGUCGCUCGCCGUCGGCACGCCGCCGCAGAACGUCACCAUGGUGCUCGACACCGGCAGCGAGCUGUCGUGGCUGCUCUGCGCGCCGGGCCGCCGCGCGAACGCGAGCGCCCCCAGGGGCGCGUCGUUCCGCCCGGGGGCCUCGCGCACCUUCGCCGCCGUGCCCUGCGGCUCCGCGCAGUGCAGCUCCCGGGACCUGCCGGCGCCGCCGUCCUGCGACGGGGCCUCGCGCCAGUGCCGCGUGUCGCUGUCCUACGCGGACGGGUCCACCUCCGACGGCGCGCUCGCCACCGACGUCUUCGCCGUCGGCGACGCGCCGCCGCUGCGCUCCGCGUUCGGCUGCAUGUCCUCCGCGUACGACUCGUCCCCGGACGGCGUCGCGACGGCCGGGCUGCUGGGCAUGAACCGGGGCACGCUCUCCUUCGUGUCGCAGGCCAGCACGCGGCGCUUCUCGUACUGCAUCUCCGACCGCGACGACGCCGGCGUGCUGCUGCUCGGCCACAGCGACCUCCCAUUCCUGCCACUCAACUACACGCCCAUGUACCAGCCCGCCCUGCCGCUCCCCUACUUCGACCGCGUGGCCUACUCGGUCCAGCUCCUCGGCAUCCGCGUCGGCGGCAAGCCGCUGCCCAUCCCGGCGUCGGUGCUCGCGCCGGACCACACCGGGGCCGGGCAGACGAUGGUGGAUUCCGGCACGCAGUUCACCUUCCUGCUCGGGGACGCCUACUCCGCCCUGAAAGCCGAGUUCUUGAGACAAACCAAGCCCCUCCUCCCGGCGGUCGACGACCCCAACUUCGCGUUCGAGCAAGCGUUCGACACCUGCUUCCGCGUGCCCGAGGGGCGCCCGCCGCCGUCGGCGCGGCUCCCGGCGGUGUCCCUGCUGUUCAAGGGCGCGGAGAUGUCGGUGGCGGGGGACAGGCUGCUGUACAAGGUCCCCGGCGAGCGGCGCGGGGGCGACGGCGUGUGGUGCCUCACGUUCGGGAACGCGGACAUGGUGCCCCUGACGGCGUACGUGAUCGGGCACCACCAUCAGAUGAACCUGUGGGUGGAGUACGACCUGGAGCGCGGCCGCGUUGGGCUCGCUCCCGUCAAGUGCGACGUCGCCAGUGAGCGGCUCGGCCUGAUGCUGUGACGCGGCUUGGCGAGCGGUCACGGCUCUGGGCCUGGAGGAACCGUCGCUGCGGCGCUGCUUGUAGUAUAACCUUAGGGAACCAAACGGGCCCUGUUUGGUUUAGAGUAGUACUAUUAGCACGAAAAAGAAUAUUGUAUGCAUGAAGUACUAAAUGAAAUUUAUUUGUAAAACCUUUUCAUAAAUGGACAUAAUUUUUCGCGACGAAUCUAAUGAUUCUAAUCAAUCCACGAUUAGAUACAGUGGAGCUACAGUAAACAUCGUCUAAUUGUGCGGUCAAAGGUUGUAUUAGAUUCGUCUCAUGAAGUAGCACAGGGCUGUAGAGUUGGUUUUGUAAAUUACCUUGAUUUAAUACACCUAAUUAGUGGUCAAAGUGGGCUACAGUAGUUGUGCUACCUUACUACUGCGUGCGUGUGUGGCAUGUACAGUUGUAGUGUAAGCUGGAAAUUAAGUGUGCCAUGUACUGAUGUGUUCACUCUUUGACUGAGCCCGUAGGGUUGUGUACAGUGUACGGGGUGAAGCUUGACUUUUCUUCGCUUAUUUUUCGUUAGUUCUGAACUUCCGGUGCUGCAUCUCA